UGUCAGUCAGUGUCUGUCUCACCCUCCCUGUAGAUGGAUGUAGCAGAGUUUAGGUUCAGUGUGUCUCUCUCAGCUUUAAAGCUCACCUUUAUGCUGCUUUUCGCUCUCACACCUGCUGAAGGUCAGUUUCAUGUGGUCGGAUCACUUCAGUCUAUCGUGGCCGUUCCAGGUGACGAUGUCAUCCUGCCGUGUCACGUGGAGCCAAAGUUUAAUGUGGCGUGGCUGACGGUGGAGUGGUCGAGGCCCGAUCGUCGUCCUGACCCCAACGACCGUCUGAGCCGAGUGGAAUAUGUUCAUCUUUACAGAGACGCCCGAGAGGUCCCCGACAUGAAGAUCCCAUCGUACAUCGGGAGGACGGCGUUGUUCACAGACGGCCUGAGAGAAGGAAACAUCUCACUAAGAAUCACUAAUGUGACACAAGAAGAUGAAGGAAGAUACAAAUGUUUCAUCCCAAAGUUAAAGAGUCAAACAAAGUCUUCAAUUGUUCAUCUGAUUGUUGCUGAAACUAUGACAACAGAGACACCGCUGCAUCCUGAAACUCUCCAAACUCCUGAGCCGAUGGACGAGUUUCACAGUAAAGGUGGUUUGUCCCGUCGGAGCCGACUGAUCCCACUUGUGGUUGUCUGUGUUUUUAUUCUGCUCUGUGUCGCAGUCGCAGGACGCUGGUUCACUGAGUCAAAGCAUCGAAAAACAGAAUUUGAGAAAGGACCUCCUAUCUAGGUGCCUUGCUCAUUGAACCACCUCCCAGUUGGGAUUCAGGAGACAGAUACCCUCCCUACUUUUAAGAUUAGGCGUAAAACUUUCCCUGUUAUCAAAACAUAAAGCUAGGGCUUGACCACAAAGCUCUGCUGAGAGUGGUGAGAUCAGCACAUCACCAGGACUGAACUGCCAGCCAUGCAGGAUCUCUAUAGACAGCGCUACGUGAAGAAGACGCAGCAGAUCCUCUCUGAUCCCAGCCACAGACUUUUAACACUACUGCCAUUCGGCAGGCAGUUCAGGAGCAUCCAGACCCGCACUACCAGACACAGAGACAGUUUUUCCCCACAAGCCAUCAGGCUUUUGAACUGCUGACACUCUAUACACAUCAUUACACACUCACUACAAUUACAGGACUCUACACACUGUCACUUCAACUAAUGCCACUUAAAUGUUCUUGCACAAGUUUUGCACAAUUGUACAAGAGCUAUUUUCUGUUAUUUUCUUCUUAAUUUAACCGCAUUCUGCAUGCUCAUGUAAAGCUGAGGAGCACAAGCCAAAGAAUUUCAUUAUGGGUAAAUGUGGCUACACUGUUUAUCUGUGCAUGACAAUAAGACUUGAAACUUGAGUUUAGCUGACCCUGAAUCCUGCCUUAUGGUGUCAUGGGGGUUAGUAUUGUUUCCUCACAGCAGGAAACUCCUGGGUUUGAAUUCAUCAUCUGGCAAGUCCUUUGUGAGGUUUGCAUGUUCUUCCCAUGUCUAUGUGGGUUUUCUCUGGGUACUCCAGCUUUCUCCCACAGUUCAAAGACAUGCAGUCAGUGGGUUUAGGUUAAAUGGUGACUUUAAGCUGCCCAUAGGCACGGAUGGUUGUCUUUCUCUGUGUUAACCCAUAAAUAUUCAGACUAAAACCUGAGGACCAAACUGGUUUAGAUAAUUAGAAGUCAGCCUGUUUAAGAACUGUACCACAUCUAGCAGUCUGCAUGUACUCUAAAGAGAGCUAAGGUUUCCAACGCCUUUUGCCUUGAAGCCAGUACAGCAGCUAGGAUGUAAACAUGUUUGGAUACUAGGUAUUUUUUCCAACCACAGCCUGGAGCUGGAGGUGUUUUUCCAUCUGUUUGUUUUGUAAUCAUGAAAGUUCAUAAUUGCCACUCACAGACACACUGAUUAUUGUCUCAAGUACAUUGUUUUGGUUUCAGUUUUAAGGAUUUGGAUGUCAUCAAAGUUAAAUUUCCUUUAGAAGGAAGAACUUGUUCAUUGUGUGAACUCUAAAGUCCUCUUCUCAUCCUUAGCAGCGAUGAUCUGUGGAGGAGUUCAGCUGUGUUGUUAUUAAUGUCAGAGACAUCACUGAGCGCAGUGGCAAACACAUCAGUCAUGGUGCUUUUUGUUUUGAGGUCAGGAUUAUUUUACAGUGGGGAUUUUAGAAUAUUUCAUUUAAGGACUGUACAGCAGAGGCUGCUUUUUGCUAUAAUGUAUGUCUGUACCAAAGUAUAAAGAUAUUACAAAAACACAUUUAUCAGGAUUUAUAUGAGCCUUGAUUUAACGUGAAAGCUCACAAACAGCCGAGCUCUCACUUUUCAUGAAAUUUAAAUCUACAGCUCAACUGUUACUGAUAUUUUUGUUUAAAGAUGAGAUUUGAUUUCCAUUGUUCUUUAUUGUCUAUUGUCUGACAUUUACAUCAGCAGGUGCAGGAGCAGUCCAACCUGCAUCAUGAUUAACCCCACACACCCAACCCAGAAACUGUUUGACCUCCCCCCUGAGGCAGGAGGAUGCACAGCUUCUUCUCAGAGGCUGAAGUAAGAGUGGUCACCUCCAAACCUCACUGACUGCACUUGUGCCAUUCUGCCCUGCUGUGCUGCUGCUCUGGUUUUUAAAAUGGCACUGAGUCUUUUGUCUAUUUAUUAUAAAAUAUGUAUUCAUUAUUUUUUAUGUCUUAUUAUUUUUCUUAUUAUUAUUUUUAUUUUUAAUCUCAUAAAAGCUGCUUUCUCCUGCACACAGUGGUUGCUCACCUGCAAGUCCCUUUGCAACCCACCUCUGCCCUUACUCCUCCACAUAUGCAGUAGCUGACUUAACCCUCUUGGGUCAACAGAUCCGCUGGCGUGCCAAAAAAAUCACUUGACCAAUUUAAGAUGACACAGCAACAAGAUGCAGCCACCCAGAGUCUCCAUUUCUACUUGUGUUGAAAGUGCGGACUUCAAGCUAAAAUGGUUUUUGCAAAACUUGUGCAUAGGUUUUUACAUUUCAAGUUAUGAAAAUUAUUUGUUAAACAUGUUUGUGAUUGUUACA